CAACGAUGUAAACAAGAUGGCGGAAAGACACAGGUGCGACAUACAGAUUGAUUAAGAUGCCAUUUUUAUACAUAUUUUGUUAAAGUGCCAGCCCUCCAACUCAACAUAGGUACUAAUCCAAGUGGCCCGCAAUCAAAGGAACAUUUCACAGUGCAGUUUGAUUAACAAAGGUUAAUCAAUGUCAAGCUCAGUAACCAUGGAAACUGUAAUGGCGGUGGACCAUUACAAGAAAAUGGCAUAUUCAGACAAGAUCUCGUUUGACAUAAACACGCGAAUGUUGAAUGAGACUCCGUCCUCAGUGAUUGUGAAGUGCGAGGAGGACUACAACCCAGAGAUCAGCAUUAAGAAAACACCCAGCCAGGAAUGGGAGCUGGAUGUAAGGCCUCUCAUAUCCACCAAGAAAUGGCUCCAGAAUUAUGGCCUUCAAAAGAACAAGUUGUCCUUCUCUCAGAUUCUCCCAGUCAUUGGAUUUAAAAUGAGUGAUGAUUAUGACACAAGCCUGAAGCGGCCAGUUGCAUCGCGGUAUGCGGAAGGGCUGUUCCAGCAGCUGAUGAGACCUGAUGGAAAAAUGUUCAACGUAACUUGUGGUCGAGACAAGCUACGUCAGCUAGAGUCACGUCUGAAGCAAGCCCUGCACCUGUACAAGCGGCGUCUGGAGUGGCUCACGACAGAGAGCCGGCGCGUGUUUGGCGUCAUUGAGGAGCGCGCUGUCACCAUUGUCCUUGACAUUCGCAACAUGUCACCCCAGCAGUUUGACCUUUACCGCAUGGCCCUGGAGCGUGUUAUAUAUGAGCAGAUCACUCAGAUUGCCAAGUUCAACUUGAUCAGGUCAUCCGAUGAAAUUACGAUGUACCAGGAGCACUGCGUGCCGGUGACUCAUGACACUAUAGAGGGCGCUAUCAAGUGGCUGUGGGACCUUGACCGCCUCUCGUCCGUGUCCAGCACUGCUUGCGUGGAGGCCAUGCUUCGGGCCCUGGAGGAUAGACAGAAUGAGGCAGUAUACUUGUAUACAGAAGGGUCAUCAUCUGACAUGUGCAGACAGCUGUUAAAGGAAAAGGUGUGUGCAGUACAGAAGAAGCCACCAGUAAAUGUUGUGUCAUACAACUGUGAGAAUUCCGAUACUGUGAGAUUCCUGCGAGAAUUUGCAUCAGCUGCAAGUGGGAAGUGCCAUGUGUAUGCUGUGAUCAUGGAGAUGGACUCCUUCGAGGGACUCCCCGUUGAUCCACGCACCAACAAGGCCAACAUCAUGCUCAAGAAGAAGACGUUUGGGGGGAUCCCACCUGGUGCAGGGGUGCGGGAGGACGUGAUUGUUCUGUUCCAGGAAAUGGAGGAGGCUCGUAACAAUCUUCUGCAGAUCCAGAAGCUGAUCAGUAUCACACCAGAGCCCAAUAUAGUGCUUGAGUCCGAGUUGGCACCUCAGGUGGACAUGGGUAAGGUCAACGAGCAGUACAUGAGCUCACGUCACUGGCUUGACAAGUAUGGGCUGGCUGCACGCAAGCUCGAGCUUUAUGACGCCCUCAGCUCGGUUGCCUUCCACCACAGGGAUGGGGUGGUGGACUUUCAGAAGCAACCUGGCAACGACUUUCAGACAGACGCUGUUCGGUUCAGGAAGCUGGUGAAUGCAAAGUACUGUGACAGGUUCCCCGUUGUGCGCUGGAAGGACGGCAAGGUUGUGCAUGUUCAGGUCACCCCGGAGCUCCACCGCACGUACGAGCAGAAGGUGCUCACAGCGCUCCGGGCCGUACAAAACCGCAUCGACUGGCUGAACCAGGGCAGCCGCGCGCUGUUUGGGACGCUCAUUGAAGAGCAGCUGUAUAUUCUUAUCGAUACCUCUGAGUCGAUGGUGCCCAGUAUUCAGUAUGUCAAGGACAAGCUGUUUCUUCUCAUGCAGGAACAGCUGCGUCACAAGAUGCGGUUCAACCUGGUGGCAUUCAACUCGAAGGCUCAGGUCUGGCAGAACCGCCUGGUGGAGGUGACGGAGACAAGCCUGGAGGGGGCGUGGCGCUGGAUCCAGGGACUCACGUGCUGGGGGUCCACCAACACGUACGCCGCGCUACAACACGCCUUGGGUGACCCCGGCACGCAGGCCAUAUACCUGCUCACUGAUGGGCGCCCUGACCAGCCACCAAAGUCGAUCGUCGCCCAGGUGCAGAUGCAGCACAGUAUUCCGGUGCACACGAUCUCGUUCAACUGCAACGACACGGAGGCUAACGUGUUCCUACACGACCUUGCUGUGGCCACUGGAGGGCGCUACCACUACUUCUCUGAGAAAGGGAUGGACGUGGAGGGCCAGCCUGAGUCAUUUGAGAGUGAAGACAUCCGUCUGCUGAAGGAGGAGCUACGCAGCGGCCUUGAGAACCUGGACAAGGUUGCUGAGCUGAGGGACGAGUGCUCCAAGCUGUCGUGGAAGAAGGAGAUAGAUGAGAUGAAAAAGUGCACCAGGAGUCACCCAAUGCCUGGUAAAGACAGAGUGUCAGCAGUUCCAGCCAUGGAGCCUCAGGAUCUGUACCGCUCCAACUCACCCACCCCUCCACCCCGCCCAGGCAGUGCCCCACCCCCUGACCGAGCUUACACCCCCACCCCUCCUCCUCCCAGGGUGACCACGUCUGUGGAGGAAAGAUCGUUCACACAUGCCAAGCGCCGUCACUCUCGAACCAGACCUAGUAGUGCCAGCAGGUCCCAUGGGAAAGGACCAGUGGUACCGCUGGCAGCAGGUCACACCCGUACCAGUUUGCUACGAACCUUGAACAGUCAAGGUCACUUCAACGCUAAUGAAUGGUUGCUCCCAGAGACUCGUCAGUUGUUUGAGAAACAGGCGUCUCGCCAAAAGAGGCUUGCUCAAGGUCAAGAAUGUAUUCAACAUUCCUAUUCUGAUUCUGAAAAUGUGGAGGAAAGGGAGAUCCGUGCUUCACGAAGGCGUUCUAGGAGGUUCACAAAGGUGCAAAAUGUGUCCACAAAGGAAUGGCUGAAGAAGAACUCUCUGAUUGCUCGCAAGAUGACCCUCCUUGAUGCGCUGGCUCCGACCAUCAUCAAACAGAAAUCCAAAUACGUACGCAUACUGGACAAGCAUGUCGUGGCCAAGGUGUUUGAUGAGGUGCUGCCAUUGGCCUAUGUGUCCAAUCGUCCCAGGCAGCCACUGAAGCUGAUAAACCCCAACGGGGUCAACCUGAAAGCUUACCAGGAGAAACUUGGGGCCACCAUAGCCAUGUAUAGAAGGAGACUGGACUCCCUGGUGUGGCAGGCUGUACCCCAGGAUGUACGCGACAAAGAGUUUGGUGAAAUAGAUGGCCCUGUGUCUUUCCGCGACAACCGUGCAUGGUUUAUACAGUACCUUUCUGAAGCUAAUUGGCCAAUCAAAGAGCAAGACAUCCUUCUUUUGGAAGAUGAGAUUGCCAAAGGUGAACGCUUCCUGCAGCAGUCAGAAGAUCUAUUGGACGCCAACAAUGACAACAACUCGGACAAUGAAUUGAGCAUUUAUUCCGACAAAGAGAGCAGGGCGUCCGGUCUUUCAGCUAGGUCUAAAGAACUGUCCAAAUCCAAAGAAUCAGUUGCGUCAUCUUCUACGUCAUCGUCUGCUUCUUCAUCAUCAUCAAGCGAUUCGAAACGCUCGAAGGAUUCAAAGCGAUCGAAGAGUUCCAAAGGGUCUUCUGUCGGAGGGUUGCUGGCCAUGCAGGAAAUCCCAAGCACUCAGACAAGGCCCCAAAGCAAGUAUAGCAGCCAAAGGCAGGCUACCCAGGUUGUAAAAGUGGAAGAUGAGUUUUGUCCUUGUGGAUAUUUUAAGUUCGGAUCUAGUAAAACAGUAAGCAAAGUUGAGGCAGACAAAAUGACAUCAACACCAAAAUUUCGUCAUAAAAUUCGGAAUGUAUCGCUUAGAAACUGUGAGGGCAAAGAGUUGGAUGUACAUAAGGGUUCCUUUAACAUCACUGUGGAAAGGUCCCCAAGGGCACCGGAAUAUGAAGUGCAUUAUGUGAAAACGAAAAAUGACAAACAAGUUUUGGUGAGAAAGAAGAAGAAAUCCUUCAUAGAGAAGCACAGGGCAAAUGAAUCAAAACCUUUGAGAAAUCAGAAGCGUGAUGGAGAAGUGACCUUGUCAGAGGAUGAAAGUCUAGUUCAGUCUGACACAACCCAGGGUGACACUGACCUUGACCCCAGCAUGAUAGGGCUGCGGGUGAUAGCCUGCAACAAGAACGAUGGGCUCUAUUAUCCAGGGUAUGUUACAAAAACGCCUGAUAUGGCGUAUGCGAUGGUUUCGUUCAACAAGGCCACCAAGCAGAAGGUCCGCACCCAGAUGAUCAUACCCAUGGGUGGGGCCAUACCAACACCUGAACUCAGGGUGGGUGACUUUGUGCUUGUCCUGGUGAAUAACCAGCUGCGGAACAGGGCUUGUUACGUGCCAGGCAUUGUGGAGGCAGUGCCAAGAGACUUUUCUAGAAACCCAAGGUUUUACACCAUCCUGCUCUAUAAUGGACAGAGAGACACAAGCAUGCGACGUUACCUGGUGAAGAUUGGUAGAGGUCGUUUUGAGAUGGCUGUCAAAUAUAUAGCUCAUUGUCAGCACCAGAGACAACUGAGGAAUGAAGCCAAAGGCUCGCAUACAAACUCAGAAAAGUCCACCCCACGGAGCCAGACUGAUGACACUGACAGUUCGGACCCAUCUGAAAGGGGGCGCCGCAAGAAAAAGAAGAUAUCGCAAAAACUGAUGGAAAAGAAAGACAGACGCAGGAAAGGUUCAGUGGAAAGUCACUCCCGGAGGUCGGAGGGCGAUGCAAGUUCAAGGUCAUCUAGGUCAGGGUCGAGCUCUAGGAAGGGUGCAAAAUCUAGGAUGAACAAUGGAAGAUCAUCUCAGUCAAGCUCUUCUUCAAGAUCUAGGUCUACUGAUAGCAGAUCAGCCUCCAGUUCAAAAUCUAAUAAAAGAUCUAAUUCAAGAUCUAAUACAAGAUCUAAUUCAAGAUCUAAUACAAGAUCUAAUUCAAGAUCUAGUUCAUAUUCAAGAACUAGGUCAAACUCAUCUCAAAGGUUGCAUUCAGAUUCAAGGUCAAGGUCAAGAUCUAAUUCACAUUCAAGAUCUUUAUCAAAUUCACCGCCAAGGUCAAGGGAAAAGGAUAAUGAAGGAAAAACAUCCAAAUCACAAUCAAAGUCCAGGAAAGUUGAAAGAUCAGAAGGCAGAAAGUCAAGGUCAAGGUCUAGGUCACAGAGGUUGAGGUCAAGGUCAUCCUCAGCUUCUACAUUGCGCACACAGGGAAAGGAACCCAAACAAUGCUCUAUUCACCGGCGUAUAAGUUCAGGAUCCAGUUCAGAGAGUUCAAGAGGCAGUUCUACUCCACGUGGAAAGUCCCCGUACAAUCGCCCUGAGACCCCUGUACCCAAGCCACGCCCUCAAUCUCGUGAAUCAGACACAGCUUCUGAGCGCACUGAUUCCCACAUGAGCAAGGACUCGCGCCACGUGCGGCACGUGCAGGCUGAUGAGAAGGACGAGGUGAUACAGCAACUGCAGGCGCAGAUCGAGAAACAGAAACGCAAGCAGCUCAGACAACAACAGCGACUGGUUCGACAGGCUAGGAAGAUCAACAGAAUAUCACAGAAACUGAAAGAAAGUGACAUGUCAGGCAAUGACUCAAAAAUGUCAAACCAUUCUGCGAACAGAAUCACCCCUGAUCUUGACAUAGGAAAGCCAGUCAGACAAGAAUUUACCAGAGGUCUCAAGCCCGUUCCCGAGGUGCAAGCAAACGAGGAGGUUCUGGCGCGGUGGACGGACGACGGCUGGUUCUACCGGGGGCGGGUCGUCUCCGAGGAGUGGGGAGCCCGGUACAGGGUGGUGGACGCCACAGGCUACAUGGAGGACAUUGACAGGACCGACAUACUCACUGACAGCCAGCAGAUAUUUGAUGUCAUACAGCCGCAGGAUUUCGUGGUAGCCAUACACCCUAAGUAUGAGUUUAGUUACGCCCCGGGGGAAGUGCUGAACCUCCAUGGUGGCAGCGUUAUCGAGGUGGAAUUCUACGAUGGCAACAUUGACAGCGUCCCGUCGAGCGACGUAUACAAGAUCAGCAAGGCAAAGUACGAGGAAACCGUGGAAUACAUUAAAUUUAAGGAAAAGCAACUUGUUGGCAAGUCCGUGGUGGCCAGAGACGAUACCACUGGAAUAUAUAAAUUAGGAAUCGUGGACUCGAGAGUUGGUCUCGGUCAGCAAUACUACGUCAAGUGGCUGGACGGCGAUAUGAGUAAGCAGAACACCCACCACAUCUUUGAAGUUGGGCUACGACAGAUCAAGCACGACACCUGUCUAUAUGUGCUUGCCCCAAUCGACCAUCGACACAAGUCGUUCCUUCCCGCUAAGGUUAUAUCGCAAUCGCCGCUUCGUGUAGAGCUAUGCGAUGGUCAUAUACCGACUGCAGCCUUCUCCUGUGCCAACCAUUCCCAGAUUCCAUUCUUCAAACUUCCCUGA